AAUAAAACUAAGACACCAAAUUCUUUAGAAUUACAACAACAUUCUUCCAGUUCAAAUAACAACCAACUUACUCAACUUGCUGGUCCUCCUUCACCAACUUUAUCAACAAGUUCUUUUAUGUCUUCUGUUUCUUGGAUGGCGGAAAAGUCUUCUUCUGAACUUAUUCCCAUGUUAAAAAAUGCUUAUCAUGCUCUCAAAGAUAAAGAAAGAGACUUGAUGUUGGCAGCUGAAAUAGGCAAAUCUCUCUUGGAAAACAAUAUUGCAAUGAAGAAUAGAUAUGAAGAACUUUUAAACAAUACAAGAAAUCAAGUUCCUACUAAAGCUAUUACAUCAGCAGCUGCCUUACCUACUCCUUCUUCUUCAGUAUUGACCAAUACAACCACAAAAAGUAGAUAUGAAAGUGAUUCUGGUAUUGACUCAUAUCAUGAAACAACCGAUGACGACGACGACGACGAUGAUGAUGAUACUAAAGGCAUGCGUUUUAUCCCUUCUCGAAGUACGCGUGAAGCUAUGAUUGAAGUAUUGGAACAAAAAAAUAUGGAACUCAACAGUCAUUUGGAACAUAUCCUUGAAGAACAAGCUCAUAUGGAUAAAUCAAAUACCAAGAAACAUCAACAAUUGGAACAAGAAAUUACCGCUCUUACCAAUAGUCUUGAAAUCGCUGCCAACAAAAUCCAAGAACUGGAAGAAAUGAAUGUCAAAGCCAAUCAACGACGACGUGGUGGAGAUCAAUCGAAUCAUGAUGAUGAGGAUGAUGAAAAAGUAGAUCGACAAAUGGUGGACGAAUUAUUGGAACAAAUCAAUUCACUCAAGAUGGAAAACGAUACAACAAUACAAUCAAAAAUAGAUCUGGAAAACAAACUGGCUCUUACUUUACAAGAUCUUCGGAAACUCAAGGAACAAUUCGAUCAUUUUCAAUUCACAAAGGAUGAUCACGAGGACCUCAAGGCGGCUUAUGAACGUCAAUUUAAACACAUCGAUGAACUUAAUGCUAGUGUCGAAGAACAUCGCGCCAUGUUACAAAAACUCAAGGAGAGAGGUAUACAACUUCAUUCAACCCAUAACACUCCUGCUGGUAGUUGUUACAAUGGUCAAGAUACUUCUUAUCCGGAUGCUGCUUUUAGAAACACGUUACUGGGUGAAUUGGAAACUGAAUGGCUGAAACAACAACAAAGACAUCUUCAACCUUCUCUUUCAACCCCACUCUGUACUACCAACGACUCAUCUCCGCCCUCAUCUGGUCCUUCUAUGAAACCUUCUCUGUCAAGUUUAUCUCUCAAAGACCUUUCCAAAUUCACUGGUCAAUCUAUCACUGCUAUGUAUCAACAAAGUGAGUUUGGUAUGGAAUCUGUCCUUGCACGUGCUGCUGGAGUCGAUCAAAAAACAUUGGAAGAAGCUAUUCGGUUUGUCGAUCGAUUAGAAGAAGGUUUUUGUGGUAAAAAUAAUAAUGAUGAUGAUUGGUUACUUGGAUUGGAUACAACUACGGAAAGACAAGAUAAUAAUGAUUUAUUGGAUGAUUCAAUAAAUCAACAUUUAUUGACAAUGUUUGAUCCUGCUUUUCCUCGUGAUGGUUUAUAUCCUGAUGCUACUGCUCUGGUCCCAGUCAAAAAUGAAUCUGAUUUGGCAUUAAGUUACCCAACAUCUUUCAGUGGAAGAAUUCAGCAUACUGUACGUCACUUUUUCAAGGCAGUUUGGCGAUGGUGUCGGUUUGCUGUGAUAUUGACAACUGCUGUAUUGAUUAGUGUUUGGAAUGGUCCUGAUUUUAUGUUAUUGGAAAACUGAAAUAUCUCUUCAUCAUGUUUAUUUGUAUCC